AUGCAAUUCGCUGGUGUCCUUCGAUUUGUCCUUCUCGCCGUUUUGGCACUGAUCGUCGUCGCAGAUUUCGAUGACAACUCCUACGGAUCGGAUGUCGACUUCUACGAGAACUACGUGAAAAAGGGCGGACCGCAGGGACCAUUGCGAUUCGGCAAGCGACGCGGACCAUCCGGACCAUUGCGAUUCGGCAAACGAGCAUCAUUGGACAAUGUUUGGGAAUACAAUUGA